AUGACUGUAUACGAACCUGCAUCUGAUGAAUUGAAGGAAAAAAUCAGAAGAGAUAACUUCGUCCGGAAACCGUACACCGCUGAAAUAGGCAAACAUGUAAUUGUAAACUCUUUCUGUACAAUCUGCGAAGUUCAAACAUAUAGAGAGACGAAACAUUGUAAAAGAUGCAACUUUUGUAUAGACGAGUUCGAUCAUCAUUGUGUCUGGCUGAAUAAUUGCAUUGGAGGCAAGAAUUAUAGACCAUUCGUUGGUCUUGUCGUCUGCGUCAAUCUGUUCUCAAUAUAUUCGUGCAUCCUAUCAGUGUUCUUAUUCAUUUGGUGGGUCUCCAAAGAUCAAAACGACUUGGCAAAAUAUAUAAGAGAGGGAGCAGAUUGGCGGAUGAUUCUAUGGGUUGUUUCAUUGAUAACUACGAUUGUAGUUUAUUUAAUCUUGGUAGUCACAACGUUGCAUUUGCUACAUUUUCACUUCAAACUAUUUCAAGUCGGACAAACCACAUAUCGAUACAUGACGAACAGAAAGCGAGGGGCCAAAGUCGGUGCAAUUUCUCAUGUAUCGCCAACGCAUUCUCAUACUCAUAGACAAGACGGAGAUCCAAUUGAAGGAGACGAAGAAGAUGUUCAAAUGGAUGAAAUCAGAAAUCCUCCAACAUCUCCAGAAAAUUCGGAAUUCGAUGAAGAGCAAAGGAUUACUGUUACAGUAGAACCACCAACUCCAACACCGAAUGGAUCGACUGUCAGCUCUGCCAGUUACAGUAAUCAUGGAUAUGUUGAGACAGAAGGAAGAUAG